AGACCGAACCAUCGAUCCAUCUUCACUCGGCUAGCUUUGUCUUCCUGCGCAGGCUUACUUGUCAAACGUGAACAACAGAUUGAAGCUAAUACAGCCGUUCUGCUUCCAGCUUUGUUAACCCUGACAAAACCUUAUGGACCGCCUGGCAUCUUUUGGAAAUGACCCCUUCGAUAAACCUCCGUGCCGGGGCUGCUCGUCUUACCUCACCGAGCCUUACAUCAAGUGUGCAGAGUGUGGACCGUCGCCUUUCCUGCUGUGCCUCCAGUGUUUCACCAGAGGAUUUGAGUACAAGAAGCACCAGAAUGAUCACAAAUAUGAAAUCAUGACGUCAGACUUCCCCGUGCUGGAGCCGGGAUGGACGGCGCAGGAGGAGAUGGCCCUCCUGGAGGCAGUGAUGGACUGCGGCUUUGGGAACUGGCAAGAUGUGGCAUACCAGAUGCGCACAAAAAGCAAGGAAGAAUGUGAGAGCCACUACAUGAAGAACUUCAUCAACAACCCGCUUUUUUCCUCCACCUUGCUGAGCCUCCGACAAGCGGAAGAGUCUCGCACUGCAGACAGCGCCAUUCCUUUUAAACCCACAGACGAUCCCCCGAGGCCCACAUUUGACUCCGUGCUGUCUCGAGACAUGGCUGGAUACAUGCCGGCCAGAGCCGACUUCAUGGAGGAGUUUGACAACUAUGCUGAAUGGGAUUUGAAAGACAUUGACUUUGUGGACGAUGACUCAGACGUCCUCCAUGCACUCAAGGUUGCUGUUGUUGAUAUUUAUCAUUCAAGAUUAAAGGAGCGACAACGCAGAAAGAAGAUUAUCCGAGACCACGGACUGAUCAACUUGAGGAAAUUCCAGAUGCUGGAGCGAUGUUACCCAAAGGAGGUGCAGGAUCUGCAUGAUGUGAUGAGACGAUUUGCCAGAGUGGUUGGACCCAUUGAACAUGACAAGUUCAUUGAAACUCAUGCAUUGGAGUUUGAGCUGAGGAGAGAGAUCCGCAGGCUGCAGGAGUACAGGAAAGCAGGGAUCAAGUCUUUCUGCAGUGCUAAGGUGUACGAGCAGGUGAAGCGAGUGCGGGAGGAUGAGCGGAGGAAGAGGACCAUGCUGUGUGACGUGCUGCAGUACAUCCAGGACGGCCGGGCCUGCCAGCAGUGGCUCAGUAAACAGGCUGCAAUAGAUGCUGGCAUCACUCCUGUUGUCACGACGAUCACGAUGUCAGCAACAGGUAGGCGGAGUGCACCUCCCCUCAACCUGACCGGACUGCCAGGGACGGAGAAGCUCAACGAGCGAGAGAAAGAGCUGUGCCAGGUGGUGCGGCUGGUACCGGGGGCCUACCUGGAAUAUAAGCAGGCCCUGCUUAAUGAGUGCAGACGGCAGGGCGGCCUGCGGCUGGCUCAGGCCCGAGCGCUGAUCAAGAUUGACGUCAACAAGACGCGCAAAAUCUACGACUUUUUAAUUAAGGAGGGUUACAUUUAUAAAGCCUAGGACAGCUUGGGAUUGUGCUCUUGAUGACACGGCUGACCGGGUUGUAGUUACAAGUCUUAUUGUUUUCUACUCAUGCCGUCGCAGUACAGAUGUGUCCCUUUUCUUGUAAGAAGAGUCAGUGUCGGUCCUCUGAAAUAUUUUAACAUUUAUAACAUCUUUUAGUGUUUUGGAAUCUGUUUUACAUGUGUUAAAAUUGACAAAAUCUCUUUGUACAGUGCUUGAAAAUCUGUGAAAGUGAAAAUGAGGAUGUAUUUAUUUCUCCUGUAGUAAAAACAUUUUCUGUAAAUUA